CAUGGCGGCUGCUGAGGAGCUGGCGCUYGCCUUCCAGCGGCGCUUCCUGCCGGCGCGCCCGCUGCCCUCCUUCCCGUGGCCGGAGCUUGAACAAAAACUGAGGAGUUCACCGGAUUCCUCGCUGCUGGCGGACAUACUGCACAAGACUAUUCUCCACCCCCUGUGUGUACAAUAUCCUGCUUCUGUCAAGUAUAGAAGAUGCUUUUUAACUGAACUCAUUAAAAAGCAUGAAUCCACAGCAGCUGAACCCUUGGAUGAACUGUAUGACACGUUAGCAGAGAUUUUAAAUAAGGAAGAAUCUACACAUUGUUACAGAAACUACUUACUGCCCACAGGAGAAUCUAUUACCCUUUCUGAGGACGUGGCAAUCAUCUCACAAGGGACCACAGGRCUUGUCACUUGGGACGCUGCUCUUCAUCUCGCUGAAUGGGCAAUAGAGAAUUCUACAGUUUUCAGUAACAGGACAGUUUUGGAAUUAGGAAGUGGUAUCGGCUUCACUGGAAUUGCAAUCUCCAAAGCCUGUAACCCCAAGGCAUAUAUAUUUAGUGAUUACCACCCCAGUGUUCUCAAACAGCUGACAGUAAACAUUUGUUUGAAUGGCUUUGUUUUGGAGCCUGAAACUACUAAUCAUAUCGAGAUGCAGUCCCAAGGCCAGAAGGUAGAAGGGAUGAAUUACCAGAAACCAAAACUAACUGUUGCAGAACUUGACUGGGGUUCAGUUACAGAAAAACAACUGGUGGAUCUUCAACCUGAUGUGGUCAUUGCAGCAGAUGUGGUAUAUGAUCCAGAGAUAACAUUAGCCCUUACAGGCCUGCUACAGAAACUCUCCACUUUGGGAGCAGAUGGGAAACCUCCCGAGGUCUACAUUGCCUUUACGGUCCGGAAUCCCAACACGUAUCAUCACUUCAAGGCUGAACUUGACAAAAUUGGGAUUGGAUGGCAGAUUAUUCCAACGCACAGGAACAGUAUUUUCCUCUGUGAUCUGCAAUCAAACAUAACUAUUCUACAACUAUUGAUAUAGAUUUUAGAAACCCAAUACAAUCAGAUUUUUUUGACCAACAGGAACUAUUUCAUACCUACAUUAUCUUGAAUUCCAGAAACAAAUAAGUAGCAUUAGGGACACAACUGUAGGCACAGACUGUUAUCCAAGUGCACUGCAUUUCCUCCCGUAAUUGCAAACUGGUGUAAGAAGCAGCUGCCCUUGACGGUUUUGAUUUGUAAGGAAAAAGGCACCCUAAUCAUACUGCACUUUGAUGCUGCACAGGCAACAGAAGUGAACUGUAGAGUUUCAACUGUAUUCCAAUUUGUAAAUAAUGGAAGCACAUCUGCAACAUCACAGGAUGGAUAUCUCACACUGAGAAGGGAACAGAACCAUGUUGCACAAGAAUAAAUACUUUUUAAUAUUGAGAACCUUCGUUGUCUAAGUGCACUGUACCGCAAGGAGGAAAAGAUUUUUUAAAUCUAAAAAUAAAUAACUUGGCCUCGUAUUUUCACAUUCCCAAUAGUGGAACCAAAUCCCAUGUCAGCAGUCACUUCUAACAAAACCAGGUCUCUGUGGUAAAGGUGGUGCUGAAAGAGAAAGGGAAGAGUAGCAAUUGGCUGCCUGGUUUGACAGAAGCAGAUAUGAAAYGAUAACCAAGUGAACUGGCCUAAAACCUUUGGUGAGGGAUUCACUGCGAUGAUCCACCAUCCUGGAACCAGGAAUUUCGAAGGGAGGGCCUGAUGUCUGCCAUUUGUCUCCAGUUUAUAAAUAAGGCAAGAUAUAUAGUGAGCUCUUCUCAAUUGUACAACUUUCCCUAAGCUGGAGCUAUGUGAGCCAAGAUAGCAGUUUACACUGGCCAACUACUGCUAAGUA